AUGCCUGCUUGUUGCGCCGUCAACUGCACCAGCAGACCAGAGAAGUCGUCUGGGAAGACGUUCCACUUGUUCCCACGCUCUAAGCCGGAUUUAUAUCGGCGUUGGGUGGUAAACUUAAGAAGGGACAAAUGGACUCCAUCCCCAGGUAGCAGUCUCUGCAGUGACCACUUUACUGACAACUGUUUUGACAGAACGGGCGCACGAACUCGGCUACAGCCUGACGCCGUGCCCACCUUGUUUUCUUUCCCGAAGCACCUGGAAAAGAGGACUGCUGAGAGAAAGCCGCCUAAGCAGAGAACUGCCAUUGUGGAUGUGACCCCAGUGGAACAGCCAAACGACAACACUCCAACCACGGUGCAAGAGAACUCAGCCCAUGUCGCCGAGCACAGCUAUGCAGUCCUUGACACGCCAAAAACACUGAAGAGGAAACUGGAUGCUUGCACAGAUUCAGCGGCGACAGUGAAAAGAAAGCUGAAGCUCAGCCUUGAACGAGAACGUCGGUUAAGAAGGAAGGUCAGCUCAUUUAAUGAAAUAAUUGAUGACCUCAAGCACAAGCAGCUCAUUUCAGAAGAUGCCUCGGCAAUGCUUGAAAGGUGCUUCAUGGGGAUCCCCUUGGAAGUUACGAAACGGUUGCUCAAGCAAACAUCCAGUGAAGGCGACAAGUCGUCUGUUAAGUUAAGCCGAGACAAAUAUUUUCCUGCACUGCGUGCAUUUGCACUCACGCUACAGUUUUACUCGACAAAGGCAUAUAACUAUGUCAGAGAAACAUUUCAAUGUUCCUUGCCACAUCCAUCGACUAUAACUAAAUGGUAUAGCUCCAUUAACGGAGAACCUGGAUUCACAAGCGAAGCAAUCAACGCCAUCCGAGCAAAAGCCAGUGAGGCUAAGAAGAACAACAAACAGCUUCUCUGCAACCUUGUUGUUGAUGAAAUGGCCAUUAGAAAGCACCUUGAAUAGGACGGCAAAAAAAUUUCGAGGCUACGUGGAUAUUGGCAAUGAAGUGGACGAUGACAGUAACGCAGUUGCGUCUGAAGCCCUUGUUUUCAUGCUCGUAUCUCUGGACUCCCACUGGAAGGUACCGUGUGGCUAUUUUUUGAUCAAUGGUCUUUCAGGAAAAGAGCGUGCGAACAUUGUGAAGCUCUGUCUGACAAAGUUGCAUGAGACAGGAGUGCACGUGACAUCAUUGACAUGUGAUGGUCUCCGUUGUAACUUUACAAUGUUCAAAGACCUGGGGGCUUCCGUUGAAGAUGCAUCAGCGAUGUCAACAUCAUUCCCUCACCCUGUAACACAA